AUGAAGGGAGGAUAUGAAGUGGUUCAUGGGGCUCUUGAUAUGAUACCUCCACAUGAACCAUGGGACUAUUCUUCUGUUGGGUUUCCGGCUGCUCCAGUAAUUUCCAGCUCCUUUCCUAAGCCAGUAAUAAACUUGGAGAGGAAUGAGCUCUCUGAGUGGGUGGAACAUGUCACCAAGCAGCUUAUUGAUGACAUGCCUGAUACGGCAAGUGAGAGCUUGCAUACAGACGCAACAGUGGUCUAUUCUGAGGACAAUAAUAACAUCGUUCCUUCAUCACUCUUAAUGGGUGGUGAUUUUAGACCAAGGAAAGCUAUGAGGAGAAGUUAUUUUGAUGGAGGCAAUAAUGGGCAAGAGUGCCAUUGGAGCAAUGAGCUUGGACAAUCAAACAUUUGUGAAAAUUUAGCAGGUAGUAGUAGUGCUGCUGCUGCUGCUACUAGAGGCUUGAGUAGAAUAGAUGAACAAGGGUUGAGCUUGAUAACCCUUCUCUUGGAGUGUGCAGUUGCUAUAUCAGUUGAUAAUCUUGGUGAAGCUCAUAGAAUGUUGCUUGAGCUAACCCAAAUGGCUUCUCCUUAUGGCCCUUCUUGUGCCGAAAGGGUUGUGGCCUAUUUUGCCAAGGCCAUGGCCAGUAGGGUUAUAAACUCAUGGCUAGGUAUUUGCUCUCCUUUGAUCAACCACAAGAGUGUUCACUCUGCCUUUCAAGUCUUCAACAAUGUCUGUCCUUUCAUCAAAUUUGCACACUUCACCUCUAACCAAGCAAUCCUCGAAGCUUUCCAGCGCAGGGACAGGGUUCACAUAAUCGACCUAGACAUCAUGCAAGGCUUGCAAUGGCCUGCGCUAUUUCACAUCCUGGCAACAAGAAUUGAAGGUCCUCCACACGUUAGAAUGACAGGUAUGGGCACUUCCAUGGAGCUGCUUGUAGAGACAGGGAAACAACUUUCCAAUUUCGCUAAGCGGCUUGGAAUGUCAUUUGAGUUCCACCCAAUUGCCAAGAAAUUUGGAGAAAUUGAUGUGUCGAUGGUGCCACUAAGGAGAGGUGAAACACUAGCUGUGCAUUGGCUGCAACACUCACUAUAUGAUGCCACUGGACCUGACUGGAAGACAAUGAGACUACUUGAAGAAUUGGCACCAAGAGUUAUUACAUUGGUUGAGCAAGACAUUUCCCACGGAGGAUCUUUCUUGGACCGUUUUGUAGGUUCUCUUCAUUACUACUCAACCUUAUUUGAUUCCCUUGGUGCAUUUUUUCCUUGUGAUGACCCUAGCAGGCACAGGAUAGAGCAUUGCCUUCUAUACAGGGAAAUCAACAAUAUAUUGGCAAUUGGAGGGCCGGCAAGAAGUGGAGAAGACAAGUUCAGGCAUUGGAGAAGUGAGCUUGCAACAAGAAGUUCCUUUAUGCAGGUACCCAUGAGUGGAAACUCCAUGGCUCAAGCACAACUAAUAUUGAACAUGUUCCCUCCUGUUCAUGGGUAUAGCCUUGCGCAAGGAGAUGGAACUUUGAAGCUUGGCUGGAAGGAUACUAGCUUGUUCACUGCUUCUUCUUGGACUUCUCAUGCUUCUAGAUAGCUGUAAUUAUAGUUCAUUUGAAUGCUUACUUUUGUUUGUUUCUGUUUCAGUGAAUUGCAUUUGGAGUUCAAAUGCUACUGUAAAGAUUAUGUUAAUGGGUAUUAUAUAUAUUGACCUUAUAGCUAGCUAGGCUUGUAUCGUAGUCAAUAUA